UUGAUUGCUACCUCGUGCAUUUCAGAGUUAUAUCCAGGCGAUCUGUCCCACCCGAACUCACAUGAGAGCACAUCGGACGGCAACUCCGAUCACAAUUCAUCCGGCGAUGAAGAUUCCCAAAUGCGCCUGCGACUGAAGCGCAAAUUGCAGCGCAAUCGAACUUCCUUCACCAACGAUCAAAUUGACAGCUUGGAGAAAGAAUUUGAACGGACGCAUUAUCCGGAUGUAUUCGCGCGGGAGAGGCUUGCGGAAAAAAUUGGUUUGCCAGAGGCACGUAUUCAGGUUUGGUUCUCGAAUCGACGCGCCAAGUGGCGACGUGAAGAGAAGCUGCGCACCCAACGGCACUCGGUGGACAAUGUGGCUGGCGGAGCUGUGAACAACGGUCGCGCAAGUUCCAAUAACCUCACCACUGGCAGCUCAGCGCCUCCCAAUGGCACUGCGGCAAGCAGUUCGACGCCCAACCUUGGCAGCUCGGCCGUAUCGGACGGGGCAACCGUGGCCUCCGCACAUGCAACAGGCAAUAGCAACAACAACAACAACAACAGCAGUCUAGCCGAAGCUUCCAGUGGGCCAACAAUUCACGGCGGCGAGGCCAGCAGCAAUGCCCACAGCAACUCCGACAGCCCACCUUUGCAAGCUGUAGCACCUCGUCUACCCUUAAACACCGGUUUCAACACAAUGUACUCAUCCAUCCCGCAACCCAUCGCAACUAUGGCUGAGAACUACAACUCGAUGACAUCGUCGUUAGGUUCGAUGACGCCCACAUGUUUGCAGCAAAGGGACAGCUAUCCAUAUAUGUUUCACGAUCCUCUGUCCCUGGGAUCUCCCUAUGCAGCCCAUCCUCGGAACCCCGCCUGUAAUCCAGCGGCCGCCCAUCAACAGCCACCACAGCAUGGAGCUUAUGGCAACGGCUCAGCUGUUGGCUCAGCCAAUACAGGUGUAAUAUCCGCUGGCGUUUCGGUUCCUGUGCAAAUAUCGACGCAGAAUGUCUCCGACUUGGCAGGCGGCAAUUACUGGCCGCGGCUUCAGUGAUCUUCAAUAUUUAAUUUGCAGAGUGAACUGCUGUCGAAAGCCGCAGCAGCGGCCGUUGUGGCCGUCGCACACGCUGUCGAGGAAACAGUUGGUAGUGCCAACGGCAACGGCAGCAAAUCGUCAAUGGAUAUCCCACCAAUGCUAUUGCCACAAAUAGUACCAACAGUAUCACCAUCAUCAUUAGCAUUAGCAUCAUCAGAAGCAUCAACCACUACAGUAUCUGCAUCAGCAUCGCCAUCAUCAUUAUAUUUCAACUUGGCUGAAACACCGGCAAUCAGUCAAAAGUUCACAGCACCUACAGCACCGUCCGUAAUAUCCCCUGUCCCUUCCGGUACAGCCACAACGUGUAUUCAAUCCACCCAUUCAAGUAGUUCCCCUAUCCUUCAACAUUCUUUCCAUCAGACGUCAAUGUAUGGUCAUCUUCUCUUAUAAGCGCCCAAUCUAGGAAACCUGAAUCUGAAUCUGAAAAUGCGAAU